AAUUUCAUUGAUCCUGCUAUCAUACUAAUCAAAUAUGCAUAUUUUAAAGCUAAAUUUAUUUUUAAAUAGUGCUGGUUUCAGUAAGUUUAACUUUUUAAAUAAAGUUUUAAUGCAUCAGCCAAUUUUCACAUCCAGACAAUUUGCAACAACUACUUUAUUACAAACUGAGAAAUCAAAGCCAGGUAAAAAAGAGGAAUCAACAAGAAUGAAACAGUUUCAUAAGAAAUUAAGAUUGCAACCCAUACCAAGAGUACCGCCACGAGAACGAUUUGUAGAUUUGGUAUUAGUAGAAACUAAUCCAAAGAAUGGAGAAGCAAUAACAGAUAGCGAGAAAGAUCCAACAAAGUGGGGAGAUUGGCAAAACGGUGGACGAGUGACCGACUUUUAAUAAAAAAUAUUCCAGUUCAUAUAUGAUUUUGAUUUGAAAAUGUAAAUUAAAAACGCGGUAUGACACGAAAUAAACUAUAUUUAUAGAUAUAGUAAUAUUCUCGUUCAUAUGAAAUUGUUUUCUAAAGUGCAUUAUUUUAUAUUUACAAUACAAUUUCAUAUUACAAUAUGAAUACAGAAAUUUCCAAGUCACACUUUCAUGAUGCGCGAUACACAAAAUACAAAAUUUGUUUAUGAAAAGUUAAAAUUAAAAAUAGCGAAAUAUGUACAUAGUGGUGAUUCUUACAUUAUAGUUUCAUCCUACUCCUAACAGAUCCAUAGAUGAUGUAUUAAAAAUAACAUCCAAAACAUCUUUAAUGAAAGAAUUAAAAUUAAUUGCUUUUCCAAACUGAAUCAUUUAUGAUUAAUACAAAACAGAUCUUUGUAAACUUCUUAACGAAGUCAAUUUUCUAAUGCUUUUACUUACAAACCGGAAAUCAGUAGUGUUGUAAGAGCUGUAAAACGAGAAAAAUGAUCUGGAAGUACAGAUACGCUCAUAUUCAAAUAAUAGUUUUUCAGUCUUUCAUCUAGCAUCGACGGACCUGAAAAUUGUUUUAAGGUAGCAUCGAAUUUUAAAGAUUAUAGAUCUUAACGAAUUAUAAGCUAUAAAGUUUUAUUGAUGGCUAACACAUCUCGCAUCAUCAUGUUUUUGAGCGUCCAUAAGGCAUUCACCACAUUUCCAUGGUUGCCUACACCGUUACCUAGCCAUUCAACAGGUAAUUUUGUUACAUCAGGAAUUUGUGUGUUAUCAGGAUUAGCAUUCAUUUGUUUAUCCCAAUUUGAUAUGUAUCGGUUUUCUACAUUUAAUGCUUCAAUGUAUCUAAAGAAAUAAAUAAUGUGUUUUUAAAAA